AUGAUGGAAAAGUGCGUUGUUCUUCUAAUCCUUGGAGUCACUUUCUUUGGAAAAGAACUGCAGGCAAUGGAGGGCCAGGAGCCUACCACAACUGCUAGACCAAUUGACAUGACUGAUGGGCAAGUAAGUGGUACUGGACAAGGCUCAUCAAAUGGAACGACGUUCGGUGACCAGGGUACGGAUAAUGCUGAGACUGAUAACCAUGAAGGUGGCCAGACUAAUGGCCAAACAGCGGAAGAGACAAACGAUGGAGAGGGAGAUCCGACAGACGUCCAUACUGCUCAAACUAACGACCAAGCUGGUAAUCAGACAAGUGACCAAGCAGUUAGUCAGACAGGUGACCAAGCAGGUAGUCAGACAGAUGACCAAACGGGGGAAGGGAGUGGUGACCAAAUGGAUGGCCCAACGGGUGACACUACAGAUGACCAAACUGGUGAUCAAACAAAUGACCAAACGGGCGACAAAACUGGUGACCAAACUGGGGACCAAAUGGGUGAUCAAAUUGGGGACCAAACUGGUAAUCGAACGAGGGACCAAACUGGUGUCGAAACGGAUAGCCAAGCUGUUAACCAAACGAAUGGUCAAUUGGGUGACAAAACUGGUGAUCAAACUGGCGACCAAACUGGUGAUCAAACGGAUGGUCAAACAGAAGACCAAACGGGUGACAAAACUGGUUAUCAAACCGGUAACCAUACUGAUAACCCAGCAAAUAAUCAAACUGGUUACAAUACAGAUGGCCAAGCGGGUGAACAAACAGGUGACCAAACUACUGACCAUACUGGUGAUCAAACAGGUGGCCUAACGGGUGAUCAAGCAGAUGGCCAAAUUGGUAACAAAACAGAUGGCCAAACUGGUGACCAAAGAGAAGGCCAGCAUAGUGAUCAAACAGAUGAACAAACGGGCGAACAAGCCGAUGAACAAACUGGUGACCAAAGCCGUGACGAAUCUGUUGAUCCAGCAGAUGACCAAACAUCUGAUCAAACUGGUGACCAAACAGAUUUACAUACGGGUGACCAAACAGAAGGCCAAACGGGUAAUAAAACAGGAGGCCAAACGGCUGACCAAAGUGGGAACCAAACAGAAGUCCAUAAAGGUGACCGAACGGGUAACCAAACAGAUGAUCAAACUGAUGAUGACCAUACAUAUUUCCAAACGGGUAACCAAACAAAUAGCCCAAUGGGUGACAAAACAGGUGGUCAAACGGGUGACCAAACGGAUGACCAAACUGGGGACCAUACAGGUGACCAAACAGGGGACAAAUCGGCUAACCAAACAGAUAGCCAAACGGGUGAUCAAGCACAUGAUGAAACUGGUAAUCCAGCAGAUGACCAAACAGCCGACCAAACUGGUGAUCAAACAGGUGGCCAAACUGGCGACCAAACAGAUGACCGAACUGGUGGCGAAACAGAUGACCAAACGGGUGAACAAACAGACGACUACAUUAAUGACAAACCAGAUGUGCAAAGUGGUAACAAAACUGGCGAUGGGACUGGUGACCAAAACGAUGAACAAAUAAACGGCCAAGCAGGCGACCAAACGGAUGGCCAGGCUGGGGAAACAACACAUGACCAAAAUGAGGAUGAUACCACAGCCCAAGAAGGUGAACAAAGAGAUGGUCAGGAAGAGAAGACGAUUUAG